GGAAAUUAAAAAAAAUCCAAACCCUAGAAAAGUCGACGGGAAAAGCCGACCUAUUAAUCCCUCGAAAUUCGUCCAAUUUCGCUUCGGAAGGCGUCCGAGAAUUCGGAUUCCGACCCAAACUUGUAUGCGGAUCGACGACUCCUUCGAGAUCUGAUCCCCUCGAACUCCAGAACGGUACGAACCGUGGAAAAAUCCGAUUUUUUUAAGGAAUAAAUUGUAGGGGUAGGAAACUGGAAAUGUCUCGAUACCAAGGUGACGAUGUUGAUGAAAUGGAAGAUGAUUAUCAAGCGGGCGGAGCAGAGGAUGACAUGGAUGAAGAUUACGAUGGAAGAGGGUUAGGGGAUUCAGAUUCUGAUGAUGAAGAAUAUGGCCAAUCAAACAGUAAGCUAAAAGAUACAUCAUCAGCGGAUGCGAGAAAAGGAAAAGAUAUACAAGGAAUACCUUGGGACAGGCUAAGCAUCACAAGAGAAAAAUAUAGGCAAACAAGAUUAGAACAGUACAAAAAUUAUGAGAAUAUACCUAAUUCUGGAGAAGCAUCAGAAAAGGAAUGCAUGCACACUGAGAGAGGAGGGAUGUAUUAUGAGUUUCAACGUAAUACAAGAUCUGUAAAGUCAACCAUUCUUCAUUUUCAGCUGAGAAAUUUGGUAUGGGCUACAUCAAAACACGAUGUCUACCUAAUGUUGCACUAUUCUGUGCUUCACUGGUCAGCUUUAACAUCUGAGAGGUCCGAGGUUAUGAAUGUUCAAGGGCAUGUGGCACCUCGUGAGAAACACCCUGGAAGUUUAGCAGAAGGGUUUUCUCAGACUCAGGUCAGCACUUUAGCUGUGAAGGAUAAGUUGCUAGUAGCUGGUGGAUUUCAAGGAGAACUAAUUUGCAAAUAUUUGGACCGUGAAGGGGUAAGCUUUUGUUGCAGGACAACAUAUGAUGACAAUGCCAUUACCAACGCUGUGGAGAUUUACAACAGUUCUAGUGGUUCUAUUCGCUUCAUGGCUUCAAAUAACGAUUGUGGAGUUAGAGACUUCGACAUGGAGAAGUUUCAGCUUUGCAAGCAUUUUCGUUUUGAAUGGCCAGUGAAUCAUACAUCACUUAGUCCGGAUGGGAAGCUUCUUGUGAUUGUUGGGGACAACCCCGAGGGAUUACUGGUUGAUGCUCAUACAGGAAAGACUAUACACAAUUUAAAAGGCCACUUGGACUAUUCGUUUGCAUCGGCCUGGAACCCCAACGGACUAACAUUCGCCACCGGAAAUCAAGAUAAGACCUGCCGUAUCUGGGAUAUCCGAAACCUCUCGAAAUCCGUGUCGGUGCUGAGAGGCAACCUCGGAGCCAUCCGAUCGAUCCGCUUCACGUCCGACGGCCGGUUCAUGGCGAUGGCGGAGCCCGCAGAUUUCGUCCACAUUUUCGACGUAAAAAGUGAGUACAAGAAGCGUCAGGAGCUAGACUUCUUUGGGGAGAUUUCUGGCAUGUCGUUUAGCCCCGAUACCGAAUCUCUUUUUGUCGGAGUGUGGGAUCGGACAUAUGGAAGUCUACUUCAGUAUGGCCGCAUUAGGAAUUACUCGUACCUUGAUUCACUACCUUGAGGUAGAAUCGAAAUAAAAGGGCUAGAUAGAAUAUAAAACGCCCCUCAGAAAAAUCGACAUUAUGCGCAUACGCAUACCCUGUCGGUAAUUAGAACUACAAAUAACCCCUCGAUUUAUCAGAAAAUCUUACACUUCCCUUACAGAAGUGGUGAAAGAGUGCGAACUGUUAUAAAUCUAGGCCUUAUCUGUAGCUUCUAAUUUUCGAGGGGGUUGAUGUGCAAAUUAAGUGCGAACCGCUUUUUAUCGGGGUGUUUUUUACAAUUUAGAUUGAAGAAAGAAAAACAUUUGCGAUGUCGAGUUAGUAUGUGAGUAGGGCUUAUUGGUAAGAUAUAAUGCUUAAGGGGUGAAGACGAUAAAUCCUUUCAUAUUAGUUUGAGCUUUAAUAAAUGGUGUUCUUAUGAAGUGUAUAAAGAAAUGUGUACAGAUGGUUCGAGGUUGCGAGGACAAUCGGUAGUAUUAGCUCUCACUGUGCUUAAAACAGCAAACUUGGUGUUGUAGUUCAGUGUCAGUUUCAUACUAUUUUUCUUCUUCUGUUUGUUUAUGAUAUGUGGAGACAUGGGUUGGUGUUGAUUGAUUACAUGUGGUAAUACUUCCAAGUGGUUUGGUGAGUACUCAA